GUCGAGAAAAAUAUUAACCUCUGUCUAUGUGAUUUAUGGUGGUAAAAGUAAAUGGAUUUGAUGUGUUUGGUGAAUAGUGGGGAAAAGCAGGAGUGUUUGUUACUCAAAGGAUGCUACUAUCGUUUUAAGUUGCUUUCUUCUGUCUCUUAUUACUUGAUUACUGAAGCUGAUUUUUACUUUUACAGGCAGUAAAGAGGAUACAUUCUUUGAUUCCCAGCCCUGGUUGGAAUCUGAUGGUGAAGAUGAUUUCCACAGUGUCAGGGGCGGUAUGUAAACUCUUAGCUGUUUGAACUCGCUCACACUUUGUUGGAAAGCUUGCUUGGUUCUUCAUUUCUCUCUGCAUGAAAAUGGAGAAGCCUGUUCUUCAUUGAAAGGAAGCCUGGUUCUUUCAUGCUGUGUGUUCUUCCUAGUCUUUUUAUUUCACAAAGAUAUUACAGAACCGUUUCUGAUUGUCUGUUUAAACACAGAUUUCACGCCGUCUCGUGGGAGCACUCCAGUUCAUCACAGUUUUGCAAUGGGAACCCCUCAAAGUAACAAACCGGUGCUCGAGGUGACACCUCCUGAACAUUCAAUACCCGAGCCAACCCCUCAAAGGAACAAACCGGUGCUCAAGGUGACACCUCCUGAUCAUUCAAUACCCGAGCCAUCCCCUACAGGAAAGAAGAAGAAGAGACUUUCUGAACUUUUCCAAGACAGCAUGAGGGAGCGCAGCACAGAAGACAAUGUAUCCCCUACCAAAUCUGCUGAGGACACACCAUAUGUCUCCGGUGUCAACUCUGUCUGCAGCAGUGAGAGGACUCCCAAUGGGAAAGCUAUAGUGGAAGAGAAAUGGUUUAACAAGUCGAUGCAAGGUUGCCUCCCAAGCUUGGUCUCCUGCCAUAGUUUUAGUUAUAGGAAGAAGAAGAUGAUGAGCCCCCCAGCAGCUGUGGCAGUAAAUGGUGUAGCUUAAUGACGAAGUCAUCCAUCUUGGUUCACAAUGCUCAUGUAUAUCGAUCUUUUCUAUGACUUCACUCUUUGUCAGCCAGAUAAUGUAUAGUACCCCCCAUGAGACUAAAGGGCAUGAAAAUGAAGUCGAGGCAUCAGGAGGAUUAAAACCUCUCACAUCAUCAGCCCCUAGUGAAGGUUAUGUGACAUCCUCAAGCUCAUAGGUUUUUCUUUCUUUCGUUUCGGAAGGAUAUAUCAGUCACUCUCAAAUAAUGAGCUUGUAGUGGUGAUGACAUUGAUCUUCAUGUAUCUAUGAUAACUACAAGGAAGAGAUCUUUAUUUAAUCCUUCUGCAGGCAGUCAGAAUCCUGCAGAGUAUUCACAUAUAGCUUUUUUUUCUGUUGACGAUGCUUGCUAUCCAAGGAAAAAAACAUGCAUCUCAUUCCCUUGUGAUGGUUACUUGUGAAAGGAGAAAAGGGUAACCGUUCCAAAGGUGAUGAAUUUGAUAGAAGUUGAGAAAUGACAAUUUGCCAGGAAACAGGCAAAAGGGCACAUCCUAGUCCGUGUCCAAUAAGGAUUGCUGAUCUCAGGAAAAAAGGAAGGAGAUGGGUUAUCAGGAUUUUCCCAACUCCAGAAGCUACUAAACUGCAAGUUGUUAUAUGAGACGUCUGUGAGAAAAGCUUGUAGUCACAUAAAUCAUGUGUCCCCAGAAAGAUGAUCUUCCACCUUUCUCAUCUCAUGUAUGUGAUGUGGUUAUAAGAUUGAUGGGACCAUACUACUAUAUGCUUGCUUGCUUGCUUCAGACGUCACCUUUCUCUUUCGAGCUUGAUUUUGCAAUAUCAGGAAUUCAAGACAAAGGCCUCUUGUGCCUUUCAUCCUCAACCCAACCCCUCAGAGGCCCAGUACAGAUUUCUUAGCCCAUUACACACUUUGAUAGAAGACCUCAUAACUGAUCCACAACUCAAGACAGUGAGAAAACUUAUGUCUAACUCAUGAUUAGCAAUCAAUGGAUCUCUGCACUAUGUAAAAGAGGAAUAUAACUUGAAAUUGAGAAAAAAAGAGAAAAGACAACUGUAUCACUUAUGACAUCAACUGCAUUAUGAUAACCUAGUGAGUCAAUGAGCAAUAUGAAUACCUUAGUCCUGAGUCUUGACCAUUAUGGAGGGUCACAUGAAUGGACUAAAUGGAAUGGAGAGGCUACAAAAGAAACUGCAAGAAAUAAAAUUUCUUUUGUUUUCCUCUUCUGCAAUGGGAAGUUUCUAUACUUGGUCUUAUUUUAGUUAUAUUAUAUUCUACUUUAGUCCCGGCAAUCGGAACGGGUCGAGUCGGGUUGGAUGACUUUAGAUUACCAGUCGUUGAGGAUAACGGGUCAUGUCAGGUUGGUUGAUGAUUUUGGAUCACAUAUUGAUUCAACUAAAAAGUUUUUGCACGAGUUUUCGAUUAUUUUUAUGUACGAGCAUUCUCACAAAUAAGAAUAAGUAUGUUAGAAAUGGGAAGUUUCUAUACUUGGUAUCAGGCCAUAUGUUAGCCCCUCUGCCACCUACCAUAGCUCUUAGCAUAGCAAACAAAAAAUGGGAUUGUUCAUUUCAACCCAAUGAACCCAGAUUUCAAUCUUGUUGAACAUUUUCACAGACUUUACAAUAGCAACGAGGUUAUCUGUGUUCAAUAAAAAAAAGUAUCUUAUCUAUGAUUUCUUGACAUCUUGACGAUGUAAAUGAACCUUCUGAUUGCGA